AUGGAUUUUUUUCUUUUCUAUUCUUCAGUUGUUCCUUCUGUUUAUACAAUUUAUAUGGGAAAAGACAAGUAUGAAAAUGAAGAUCUAAUAAAAUAUGGUUGGCUAGAAGAUAUUUGGUUUCAUGUGGACAAGCUCUCCUCAGCACAUGUCUACCUCCGGCUACAUAAGGGGCAAACAGUGGAUGAUAUUCCUAAGGAGGUUUUGAUAGAUUGUGCACAGCUUGUGAAGGCCAACAGCAUUCAAGGCUGCAAAAUGAAUAAUGUCAAUAUAGUAUACACCCCUUGGGCCAACCUAAAGAAAACGGCAGACAUGGAUGUGGGCCAGAUUGGUUUUCAUAGACAAAAGGACGUGAAGAUAGUGACAGUGGAGAAGAAGAUAAAUGAAAUUUUGAACCGAUUGGAAAAGACCAAAGUGGAACGAUUCCCAGACCUGGCUGCAGAGAAAGAAGCUCGUGAUAGGGAGGAGAGGAAUGAGAAGAAGGCCCAGAUCCAAGAGAUAAAACGGAAGGAGAAGGAAGAAAUGAAAAAGAAAAAGGAACUGGAAGAGCUUAGGAGUUACUCUUCCUUAAUGAAAGCAGAGAAUAUGACUUCUAAUCAGGAUGGCAAUGACUCUGAUGACUUCAUGUAAAUCUAGGCACCCUCCUUGUGGAAGAUGAAGAUGAAUUUUGACAUCUUAGCCUUUUGCUCUGGAUGCCAAAAAAUAAGCAAAUGAAAUUGGGAGCCUCUUUACUUGUUUUAUUGUGAGCAGCAAGUAUCUGUUCGUUUUCCUGGGCAGAUCAUUCCAGUUAAAGUUCUGAAACCAUCAGUUGUGACUCCAGAGCUAUUGGGAUGUCUUACUUCCUGGAGAAGCUGGAUUUUGGGGUGUCUAUAUUUCCAGGAUAGGUUGAGGAGAAGGCUACACUCAAGAGGCUUUGAGCCAGAAAAUCAGUUUCUGCCUUAAAUUUUCCUGGGGAGAUAUUCAAAAGAUAAUGUUUUGCCAUUAUCAUUUGAAUAUGCGUCAUUGAGCUCAGAAAUAUUUUUAUCUCACAGUGUUGGAGUUUGAUUUUUUUUUUUAAGUUUUAGUUUCCUUGGUUGCUUGGGUACCUGGUUGCACCAAUUACAAUUCGAUACCUCUCAUCCCUUAGAAAUCUGAAUUCAGAACAGCUGUCUUUCUAUGCUUAUUAUACUUGGCUAGAAUCCAACACAUCUUUCACCCAACAAUCAGUAUUGCUUUGUAUUUGUAGCACGCUGCAAAACCUGGUGCCGUCUUUCAAGGAGAGAAGCACUGUUGGGCUGCUUUUGUUACGUUUGGGUUCCUUGUGAUCCUGAUGCAGAACUUUAUGUGGCCUUUUUUUUUUUUUUUUGCCUGCCCAGAGUUUGCAUUGGUAGAUAGUAGAGGAGCCAGGAAAGCUGUCACUGUUGAUUCUCUAUUCAAGAAGGCAUUCAGAAGACCUACUUCUUAGGUUCUGUUCUGACCAGCAGCAUAUAAUAUUUCUUUGCGGUGAACGUCAACCGUUUUUCCCCCGUAAAAAGCGAAAACUAAAAAAACAAAAGGUGGUAAGCUGCUUUCUCAAUGUAGCAUCUUAGUUUGACAUUACCCACAUAUAUCUUGCUUGGGGAUUUUGUUUGUUUUCUGUUUUAUUUUGGCAUCUUCUGAAAUGUACAGCUAUUGCAUAUGAAGUCAGGAUCUCUAAAUAUGAAAACUGUUUGCUUAGCCUCAAUAGGGAAAAAUAUAAGGUGAGCUUCUUUAACUAAAGAAGUGCCUCAGUAUAAAAAAAAUUAUGAGGGAAAAUGGCAUUAGCUACAAUCUCUAUAGAGUCCACCGUCCCUAAACUAGAAUGUUUCUGACAGGAUGUUGGAGAAAAAAAAUAGGUUUGUUGAGUUACCAUCUUUUACUGUAUUUGCUUGUUUUCUGCUGUGUUAUUACUGAACAUGCAGAAAAAGUUAAAGGCUGGCCUUCACUUCUCAAAGGCUCAAAUUUCCGCUGCUGCCCCUGAUGUAAUUUUUUUAAAGUUCUUAAAUAAUCCUAGAAAAUGCCUUCAAAGUAAUUCAAGGUUCAGCAUUAAAAUUCUGACACUUUAGAAGUUACAGAUGCUCACUAGGAACACCCCCCUCCCCCAAAAAAAACUACACUGAAAUUUGGAUCUGUAUGCUUGUAUAGGGUUCCAUGUCUUCCUGAAAUCUGCUACAAUGGUUUCUCCAACUCUCUUUGAAACAGAAUUUUUGAGCAUGUAAGAAGAGAAAUCUAGUUAUGCAGCAUUGGACUUUGGACCUUUCUUCCAAGAUGUAUUGGGUCUGCAGAUGAGGUUUCAGCAUCUCGUUAAAGAAGGAUACACACUAUGUGUUUACACUAAAAAAAAUCCACAGAAGAUAAGUUAAUUUAUGAGAAGGGUAAUACUGCAUACACUAAAUGUAAUACUUUUAUUGGCAACUUUGUCUUACUACAAAUUACUCAGAACAAAGAGUAUUUUUUCCACAAAGAAACAAAAACUUGUAUCUAAUUAUUGAUUUCAUAGAAUGUAACUGAUCUUCAGCAGUUUGAAAUUGCUGAAUAUUACAUUUUCAGUAAUAACUUGGCAGACUUCCAUUGCAAAUAUAGUUUGUUUCCUUCUGAGACUUUACACAAAAUUUGGCUCAACAUUGCUGUUCUCAUUCUCUUAUAAAAUCAUUCAUUUUUAAAGAGUUGCAAAUAGCAUAAUCUCACUGAUUAAUAUUAGCCCAGAUAGUUGACAAAUGUUUAUACACACACACACACACACACACACACACACACACACACACACACACACACAAAUAUAAAUAUAAAAGCCAAGCUAAAUAGUUGGCUAUAAUUCCUACACAGCAUCAUGAUCCCGUUCAUUGUUUUGUCUCAGAUGGUCUGGCUGUUUAAUAUUAUUUUUGGAAGGUGAGACCUAGGGUAAAGACUCCAGGAAGUUCAGUAUUUUUAAAAGGUGACUUCUUUAGGCUUCUAACCAUUUGGGUUUUGUAAGAGUGAUAAUCUUUUACUGUAUUCAUUGUACACUGUGACAUGCUUGUAAAAUGACUACUUUGAUUCUGGAGACUAGCAUAAUCAGGAUUUCAGUGCAAUCUGGGACCUUUUGCUUUGGAACAAGGGUUUCCUUCCUUUGUUCUCAUUGUCUUUGGAAAAGUGAGAGGAUCUGCAAAGUGGGGGAAAUGACUCCAAAUAAUUUCUAAACAUUCAGUAUAAAUCUUCCAUUUUUAUUAAAGAUUACUUUAAACUUCAGGAAAUAACAACUUUUCUGCAACAAAGAAUUAUAAAGAGGUGACUCAAAGGAUUCUUCUGAAUAAUAGGACAUCUUUAACCAAUUAGAGGACAUUGUAUUUUUUUGUUUUUAAUGUACUAUGUUGUUGGUUUUGGGUUAUAUCCUGCAACUAAAUUGUUGAGCUGUUGUUACUCUUACAUAAAUGUUCGUUGCUGUUAUUUUCUCACUGAAAGUCAUCCAGACAGUUUCCCAAGUUCAGUGAUUUUGUUCUUCUGAAGGAUUCAACCAUCUGUAUAUACCUAUCUUCCAUCUUCACCUGAAUCUUGUUCUAACUGACACAUAAACUAUUUAAACCUAUG